AGAUCUUGCCAGUCGUGAAGACUGGCCAUGGUAACGCGUAUCACUGUUUGUGAAGAAAACACCAGUAACCAUUCCUAAGUCGCGGCAGACAGCACCAAGAUGUACGCGCCAGCGGAAAGAUAAGAAGAAUUAUAGGAAGGACAAAAGUCCCACUAUGUUUUCCCUCGCUGAAGGAUGUGGCUGUGUCAGUUUCCGCGGGGGGCGCCGGCCUCGCUCCCAGGGAGACGACUCCUCGUCAUGCCGAAGUUCUGAAAUAGAACAAGAGGUUCCCAAGCGGCUUGGCAAGAGAGUGCUCAAUGGGGAAUGUACCAUCAAAGCCCUCGCCCCCUUCCUAAGAUUUUGGAGGAGAGAUGACGUCAGCAUGACUAAGGCGGAGAGAACAAUGAAGGCAGCCAUCUUGAUUCAGCAAUGGUACCGCAGAUACUUGGCUCGGAUGGAGGUGCGCAGGCGCUACACUUGGACUAUAUUCCAAAACAUCGAAUACGCUGGAGAACAGGAUCAAGUGAAGCUGUACAACUUCUUCAACGCCUUGCUAAGUCACAUGAAGGACACGAGCGGCCGGCCCUCCUCCGAGAGAACAUCGAGGACUGCUUCCGUUUUGGAGCAAGUGUUUUCGGAGGAGUCCGACGAGGGUGGGGGCAUUGACGAAACGGCUCCCCCGAAGCCUUCACGCGGCCCCGACAUCGAAUUCCCGCUGCAAAGAAAGGAUAUCGACCUACUGAUUGAGGCAUUUAGGAAGAAGAAGCACCGACUUCAUCCGAAACACGUUGGACAGAUAUUAAAAGAGGCCACUCAAGUGUUGAAGAGAAUGCCCAACAUCAACGUGGCGACCACUUCUAUCUCCAGCCAGAUUACUGUCUGCGGGGACUUGCAUGGAAAACUCGACGACUUGCUGGUUAUAUUCCAUAAGAAUGGGCUGCCGUCUCCAGAGAACCCAUACAUAUUCAACGGGGACUUCGUGGAUCGAGGCAAGAAGGGGUUGGAGGUGUUCCUCUUGCUAUUGUCUUGCAUGUUGGCUUUCCCCGGAGGAGUGUUCUUGAAUCGCGGCAACCAUGAAGAUCUUAUUAUGAAUUCUAGGUACGGUUUCAUAAAAGAAGUUCAGCAAAAGUAUCGGCACAACUCGGAGCGGUUACUGAAACUGAUUGAAGGCGUGUACCGCUGGCUUCCCUUGGGCACUAUCAUCAAUAACAGAGUGUUCGUGGUCCACGGUGGCAUAUCAGACACUACAGAUCUCGACAUGAUACGAAGCCUGGAACGUGAUAAGUACGUGUCUCUGCUCCGCCCACCAGUGACCGAGGGUUCGGCGACGGGCGCUGAAGUUAUAGACAAAGUGGAGUGGAAGCAGGUAUUCGACAUCCUCUGGUCUGAUCCUCAAUGCACCGGUGGUUGUGUGGCUAAUGCUCUUCGUGGUGCUGGAACCUACUUCGGGCCAGAUGUGACAGCAAACUUCUUGCAGAAGAACAAGUUGAGUUUCCUCAUCAGGAGCCAUGAGUGCAAACCUGGUGGAUAUGAGCUACUGCACAAUGGAAAUGUGAUAACAAUCUUCUCUGCAUCGAACUACUACGAGUUAGGGUCUAAUAAAGGCGCUUACCUGAAGCUAUGUGGGAACUCGUUGGAGCGUCAGUUCGUCCAGUACACUGCCGCCGUGUCUCGUACUCGACGGCUGACUUUCCGUCAGAGAGUGGGCCUGGUUGAAUCUUCCGCAAUGAGGGAACUGCACAACCAAAUUAUGAUGGUUAGAAGACCCCUGGAAGCCAACUUUCGUAGUAUGGACCUGGAUCAAAGUGGUUACAUAUCGAUCAGUGACUGGUGCCAAGCGAUGGAAGAAACCACGCAUUUAGGGCUUCCCUGGAGAAUGCUGAAGGACAAGUUGGUACGAACAGAUCCCGACACACGUCGCGUACGCUACAUGGACACAUUCGACUUGAACACCAGCAAAAUUGGUCGUAAAACUGACUCAUCGAAUGUUGUCGAAACAUUAUACAAAAAUAAGAGUAGUUUGGAAGCCAUUUUCAAAAUAUUGGACAAAGAUAACUCAGGUUUUAUUACGCUCGAAGAAUUUUCGGAAGCCUGCCAGCUAAUUGGCAAAUAUAUGCCGAAUCCUAUGACGCAGGAACAGUUGGUUGAUAUUUGCCGUUUGAUGGAUAUCAAUAAAGAUGGAUUGGUAGAUCUGAACGAGUUUCUAGAGAGCUUCCGGCUCGCUGAAAGGAGUUUACAAUAUGAGGAGAACGAGAUAGCCGAGAUACAAGCCACCUGACAGGAACUAGACCGCCGGCCGAGCAGGACGGCGGUCGAUAAAGAUGAAACAGGUGUUCAAAUUGAGGUUCUCAAACUAGAAGAUGACGAUAAAAGCAAAAGUUCAAAGAAUAAUACAAAUGGACAAGCACAUCUGAUGGGCGAGAGCGUGGGUGCGGCGAACCACCUGGACGACAUCGAACUGAUUGACUGCGAGGAGACGGCCACGGCGACCACGCGCCGCACUCGGCCCGGUCUGCUCGAGAGCGAUAUCUAAUAUAUUCACCACAUUACAGAGUCUUACGGGAUUGUUACUAGUUCCGUGCCAUGUUCUGCAGCAUUAUAUCGCUCAUUCUCCACUUCUGCUGUAUUUUACUCCAUUACCAAUUGUCUGUAAGUUUGAAUUUUGUUUACAUCGAAUGUUUAAUGUACAUAAAUAUGUAUAUUUUAUUUUAUUGUAUGACAAACCUCUCUUUAGGUUACUUAGCUGUUUAUAAGAAUAUUUGCAUUUGCAACUUUGAUCAUUAAUCUUACCAUUGAUAUUUUAUUGACUAAAAAUUUUAAUAGUAGCGACCUAAGUUAGUCUAGUAUUUAAUUUUGUAAUAUUACCGAGUCUAUAUUUGUAAAACUUUGUAUUUGUAAUAUGUCCAAAUAUUUUAUUGGUGCCAAUAUAAAAGCGUAUUUUGUACAUGUGCCGAGCUGGUCGGUAACUACACGAACAAAUAUAUUUAAGUGCAUCGUGAAAGUUUCAUGAUGCGAUCAAUUAACGAAUGGGAACAAUGAUGCCGAUGACUCUACAACUUUGUAUUGGUGUAUUCGCUGUAGCCACAAUUACUGAUUAUUGUCUUAAUAAAUGUAGUGUAGUAACGUGCUAUUUUCUAAAUAUCACCUGCAUCAAUUUUAGAUUGGAAUAAAAUUAAACUUUUUCAAAUAAAGUUCCUUAUUACGAUAAAAUUUCUUCUUAUUUAGGGCUACGAUUAGAUAUUGUAAUAUAUCUAUAUUUUCGUAAUAAAAAAUUGCAAUUAAUAAAAUAAUCUGUCUUAGCGUGUUUCUAGUCAUUAGUAGAGCGAUUUCUUAUACAUAUCUUUAUCCUCAAUUAUUAAGCAUUCCAAUCUAUCGUUACCAGAAACGUCGCAUUACAUAAUUUACUAUCGAAUGUAGUUGGAGUGUACCUGUUGGGCAGCAUUAGGUAGUCUGAUGAGUCUCGUGAUUGUCAUUGGCCUGCAGUAGGCGGGCUUCAUAUUUGCUAAUCGAAUCUAAAAUUUUAAUUAUAAUCGCUAUAUAUUUUAUGACUUAUUAUUACUCGUGUCGUUGACUUAUAGAAAUAUAUAAAGCUAUUUGUUAAAGGAGCCUACUGACUCGUACCAGUUUUGAUUUACACACGCAUGUCACACAGAUUAUGUUUCGUACGAUGCUAUUUUCAUAGCCAUGUCAGCAGUCGAGCCGUCGAGUCCUGCUCCCGAUCUCAUCAAAACAAACAAGUCAGUAUGCGCUUUAAUUAAAAUAUAUGAAUUAAAUAUAAAUAUAUCGCUAUUGGAAUUUACG